UCCCUUUAUAGCUCCCGGCAGCGCCGGGGCAGCCUCACUGCGGGACGGCGGCCGCAGCCCCUCGCCGAGAUGGAGCGGGCUCCGAACCUGCUUCUCCUCUGCAUCUUCACCUUUGCCAUGGUCCUGGUUCCCGAAGCGAAGGACCAAAGCAAAGCAGCCAAGGGCAGGAGAAGAGGCCUGGCGCGGCCCCCCACAGCCACCCCUGCCCUCGCCUGGGCCCCGGAUGAUCCCUAUACCACCAUGGCAGACUACGAGCGCAGCAUCCAGGACAUGGUGCACCAGCUGAGGAACAGCUCUGAGCCAGGUGACACCAAGUGCCAGGUCAACUUGAGGCUCUGGAGGUCCAACCGGAGGAGCCUGUCCCCCUGGGCAUACAGCAUAAACCAUGAUGCAACACGGAUCCCAGCAGACAUCCCCGAGGCCCGAUGCCUCUGCACUGGUUGCAUCAACCCCUUCACAAUGCAGGAGGACCGCACCAUGGCCAGCAUUCCCAUCUACAGCCGGCUGCCUGUCCGCAGGCUGCUCUGCCCCGUGCCAGGAGAAGCAGGGCACAAGCCCUCUGGGAAGAAGAAGUGUCACAAGAAGUACCAGAUGGUCAUGGAGACCAUUGCUGUGGGCUGCACCUGCAUGUUCUGAGAUGGCAAAGCUAACCCCUGCAAGAUAUCCAUGGGCAUCUAACCAGCUUGUUCUUGCUUCCCAGCUUGCCCAGCCCUCUGGGAGAGUGGCACCUCGCUGAGCAUCAGGCUGAGGGGAGCCCCUGUGCAAGGUGAUGGUAACUCCAAGCGCUCCCUGAAAUCCCCCUGCAGGCUCCAUCAGCCUCAGCCCAAGCAGCCCUUUGGGGACACCCAUUGCAGGGACAGCCCCUGCCAGUCACCAGCUACAGUCCCACAGCUGGCCUUGCAGCCAGGCACCCCUCUUAGACCGCUCCCCUUCAUGGAGCUGCUCAGCAGGGUGGGCUGCUGGUCUCCCCCCUGGGCAGGAUCCAGCCUUCUCCAUCCCCAAAAUCCCUGUUUGCCUUCAUUUGCUCCAUUGGUGCAACAGCUUUGGGAGCGCCAAGUUCUCUCCUGUGCACCUACCACU